AUGUAUAAAACUACGUUUGAAGAGCGCAUCUAUUUCGUGUAUUGGCUUCCUGGUCCAAGAAUAUUAGGUGUCUGUAAUGGUAUUGAUGAAGUGUAUGAGUUAGUCUUGAGUGAAAAGGAUCGAGCAGAAUUUGUCAAAGUCAGCGAGACAAUUUUGCCAACCAUAUGGAGGGAAACUAUGGGGAGAAGAGCAUUCAUCAUAUCCUCCAUAGUAUUGGGUUCACAUUGCACAAUAUCAUUUGGUACGAAGCAGGUCCUUAUUCUUAAAGUUAAUCGUGAGGUCAACCGCAUUAGAUUAAUUAUGGAGGAGAUGUUGAACUGCAUUGAGACGUUGAUAAAUGACAAUCAAGAAAAGAAGAAGCUGGAUAAAGCGGUUCGUGUUUUCCAUAGGACCGUCCACUACAAUGUCCUUGAGAAGACGAAAGCGUCCCAAGAAAGGGAUACAAUGGGAAGAAGACUAAUUCGUCCAUUAGUAAUGACGGACAGUUCCGAUUACCUCUUCGACACCGUCGAUGCUCCACGUUUUCGUUCAUUGCGCAGCGGCGACAGUGUGACGGAAACGAUGUGUGAUGCUUUCUUCGAGACUCGUAGUAGCCUAGAGAAUAUUACGGAGUCAGUGCAAGGGGCAAUGAACGUUCGAGGAGAACAACCAGUUCAGAGAUAUAAAACAAUCGAGCACGAUUUCCCUGUAUCUAAAGAUCGAGACGCUGAGGAUACUAGUAGUAUAGUCCACACCUGUCCAGUUAAGGAAGAAGACCAAUCGCAGGAUUUACAUCGUAGUGAGGCGGUGUACCAGCGCAAGCCAUCUGUUGUGACAAAAUCAGUGGAUUACCUGGAAAACUCUGUUUCUCGAGUUAUGUACGGAAAGCAAGAGGCAGUACUUCUUCGAUCUCAAAUGGAAUCUGAAUCUGUCCAGGAAGCAGGUAAAUCGGUUCAACCGCCUAAACCAUCUCGUUUGGUGCAGCUCGAAACUCAAGAAAAAAAUGUGAUACCAAUACCUGGCUCUCGUUCGCGCCCAGCAGCACUUCAGAAGAACACGUUUGCUUUCCAUAUUGACGAAUUUCUUUACGAAUAUUUCUUCGAGAGAUUCUUAAUCGGACAUCUAAUAAACCAAGCCGAACUAUUCACCUAG